UUUCAGUUUCGCUUUCAUUUUCUUUGGGCUAGGCUCAUAAAUGACUCGGUUCUUUUCGACUCGAUCAUUUUUCCUUUUUAACUUAAUUAUUUCUCUCUAAACUUAACUUAAACAGUUCACAUCUGCUGCCGAGGCUCAUUAUCAGUGUUAUUAGUCGAAGUUGUGUUUUUGGUCUCGGUAUUUUUCGCUUUACGAUCAUGUUUGUUUUCCGGGUAUUUUCCAUUGUCCUCCUCGUCUGUUUCAUGUUACAAUGUGUCUUUGCUGUUUUGAUGUAUAAAAAAGUUGGUGGCUCAGUUGUCCUGGAUUCAGGUCAUAAGUCUGGUCCCCUCACUAGUGUAACCUGGAAGCACCAAGCGGACCUCGCCUUGGAGUGGUUCGGAUCCGAUAUUACUUGCUACAGAACCUUUAAAGGUCGAUGUAAUUUGGACAAAACAACUGGAAGUUUCACCAUCACAAAUCUGAUUCUAGAGGACGGCGGCAAAUACACACCUGAGAUUAACAGCGUGGUUGGUGGCACGAUGGAACUUAAAGUUAUCAAACCGGUCCCAAAACCCAAAGUGUCCACGGCCUGCAAUACUGAGAAGACCGUCUGUAAUCUCACCUGUGACGCCAACAUCUCCUCUGAGUUUGGACCCGUCACAUAUAAAUGGAAAACAGGAGACACAGAGUUGUCCAACAAGGAGGAGCUGAGCUUAACAACGAAAAACGAGGAGCCCUCCUUCUUCUGUGUGCUGGGAAACCCUGUUAGCGACUCAGCCAGUGACGAGUUCUCUAACCCUAUUAGCAAAGAGUCUAAUAUUGCAUUGGUGACUAUCCUGGUUAUUCUUAGUUUCCUCUUGAUUGGGCUUAUUGCUGUUGCCUUUGUGAUGUACAAAAGAGAUCCCAGAGUGAGGACAAUGUGGCCUUUUAAGUAUUUUUCAAAGAAUCAAGAUAAUGUUGCACAUGGAACAGAUGAAGUUGGAGUAGCUGAAGAAGGGCAAAGUUUGCUGACACUUCCUCAACCCCCAGUUGAGAAUAAAUCAAAGGGUAAAGAAGCGCUCAAUGGGGAUGUUAAAGUGAACAAAGAUGUUUCGACAGAGCAGCAGCAGCAGCAGCAGCUGCAGGAUCCACCAACAGAACAAGUCAGUGACAAACAAGCAGAACCAGGACAGAGCUUCGAAUCUGAGGAAACCGAACCGACCGCUGAAGGACCUGAGAUUGUAUCACCACCGAAGCCGAGACGUGCAGUAACGCCUGGCACAGAUUCAGCAGAAAGCUGAAACUCUCUUCAUCUGUGUGCGUCUGCUGUUACCUGGUCCGUUCUGGGAGGAUGUGAUGCUCCUUACGGCUGUUUGAAGCUAAUAUUUCAAAUGUUGCAUCUGACUGACAGAAGUGACAGCAACAAGGUCCAGCUGGUGGAUAGUAUGUCUGAGAUUUGGAGGGAUGAACUUAGAAGAGAACCAAGACUGCCUGACUCUCAUCAUGUUCAAGAACAAUAACUUAUGAGAUUUAUUUUUAAAAGUUUUAUCUCUUCCAGAUUUGGACUAUUUUAGACCAUGAGUUGGAUAUAUCAGUGUUUCUCCAGCAUAUCUGAACCUUUCUUGAGGUUUUUAUUGUUGUACAGAAUCUGGAUUUGUUGUUUUGUACACUUAUCUAUUUAAUUGCCUUCGCUGUGUAUUUUUCCUCAUUUUCAUUCCAAAACACUGAUCUGAACUUCAUGAGAAAUCAAGACCAGUUUGAGGAUCUAGAAUGUGGUGCUGCUGGGUUGGAUUUUAGUUCGUUUUAGUUUAAAUUAGCUUUUUUACUUUAGAUUUGUAAAUGAUGGCAGAAAACUGAGAUGCACUUGAAUUCCUGCAGAAUGUGUCCGACUCCCUUUGAUGGAGUUUUACUCCAAUUAUUCAUCUGUGCCAUCAUAAACAAUAGACGAAGAUACUAAAGAGACAAUCAAACAUGCUUUAAAACUACAUAUAAAUAUUUUUACAUGUAAAUCUAUUUAUAAGCUCCUUUCAUUUGGAUGUUUUUCCAGUGUGGGAGCUGAAUUCACUGUGUUCCCACUAGAAGGCAGCAUUCCUCUUGUUACCGCUGAAAUCUGGUUUUAGUAGGAAAAAAUGUUAGAAUUAAAUAAAAGCAUUUACUGUAAAUAUAUUUUACACUCAUUGA